GAGAGAACAAUUCGGAUGAAAUGUCAACAUGACUGGAAAUUUAACUCGUUUUCCCUCUGUGCUGUUACCCUGGAAUCGUUCCAACACACACUCUUUAAAUGGGCAGAAGAACUUAAUUCUUUAAGUCGGAUUCAGGAUAUAUUUGACUGCUAUGAACAGGCCUUGGAGCUGUACCCAAAUAAUGAAGUAAUAUGGAACAGUAUGGGAGAACAUUUAUUUAGCUUGGGGUUCCGAGAUGAAGCUGCUGGCUAUUUCCACAAGUCUAUUAAGCUCAAUCCUGACUACACUGAGGCAAGGGAAAAUUUCUAUCGUGUGGCCAACUGGCUAGUGGAACGCUGGCAUUUUUUAAUGCUGAAUGAUAAGAAGAGGAAUGUCGCCUAUCAGAGAGCAAUCCAAAAAACAGUGCAGUCUGGUUGCAUGUCUGUUCUUGAUAUUGGAACAGGAACUGGUAUUCUCAGUAUGUUUGCAAGAAAAGCUGGAGCUUCUCAUGUGUAUGCUUGUGAGCUGUCCAAGACGAUGUAUGAACUUGCCUGUGAAGUGAUAGCUUCCAACCAAAUGGCAGGACAAAUCAAGGUUCUGCACAUGAAAUCAUUAGACAUGGAAGUACCUAAAGAUCUCCCCAGCAGGGUGUCGCUUGUUGUCACAGAGACUGUAGAUGCUGGGCUGUUCGGUGAAGGAAUUGUGGAGAGCUUAAUACAUGCAUGGCAACAUCUUCUUCUCCCACCAAAGCCAACAAGUCAGGAAGGUCCCAGUGAAGGAUUUGGCCGUGUCAUCCCAUUGCGUGCUGUUGUGUUUGGCAUGGCAGUGGAGUGUCAAGAGAUCAGGAGACAUCACAGAGUUUGCUUGAAUGAGGCUGGUGGAUUGCACUUGAAUGAAGCGAUAACAUGGUACAGCCCUGUUAGCAAUGAAUCCUGUGUUGAUGAUACAUCUGAACCAUACACCACUGAGAGGAUGAGGCAGGUUCCAGGUGGAUACACGCCAUUGACUGACCAUUUUCAGGCUUUGACCAUAGAUUUCAAUAAUCCACAGGAAUUAGAGGAAUUGUCCACCAGGAAACCUUGUCGACUUUGUCUGCCAGUCGUUAAGGAGGGUGUGCUGGAUGCUAUUGUAGCCUGGUUUGUCCUGCAGUUAGAUGAAGAUAUAAGUCUCUCCACUGGCCCUGAUGAAGAGACCUGCUGGGAGCAGGCAGUGUAUCCUGUACAGGGUGCGCUUGGCCAGUUUGUAAAACCUGGUAAUACUCUAAUCGUUGAUGUUUCCUGCAAUAACGCCUACCUGGUUUUUCACAGUGUUGCCAUAUUAAGCCAUGAACUCAGGAUGGAAGUUGAAGUGAAUACCAUGAGUGAUCAGAGUCUUGCAAAUGAAGCUGAACUUUGUGAUGCUUUGGCCAACCUCCAGACCACAAGUAAAUCUCAAACAAAUCUUCUAAAGUGUAUGCUUGAAUCUUCAGAAAUAGCUCGUCUCAAUAACACACAAUACAACGAGCGUUUCAAGUCUGCCUUGGACAAUAUAUUGUCUUCAUUAACAUCAAUGGACGAUGAAGUCUGUUUCUCACAGACAAUAGAUGACAGGAGUGCAGAUAUGAAUUGUGAAAAUUCUAAUGGUCAAAGCUCUUCAGAUCUAACCUCUGACAUAUUGUGUGUGUUGGAUGUUUCGGAGGGUUUCUCCAUUUUGCCUUUGGUUGCUGCCAAGUUAAGAACUGUUAAAGUUUUCAGUUCCUUAGAAAAGAUUCAGCAACAGGCUGCAUUACGUGCUCUAGCAGAAUCUAAUGACAUUUCAAAAGAUCGGUUGGAGUUUUGGCAUAAUUAUCUGGAGGAUGACUCUACACUAUUACAAAGACCUCAGUCGGGCAAGUUGUGGAGUGUGAUUAUUCUUGAUGCUAUCGAGGUAUGUGGACUCAUACGACAAGGUUUGGUGGAGAAAGCAGCUCUGGCUAGAUGUCUGCUUCGACCAGAGGGAAGGCUAUUGCCUCAGUGCAUAAAAAUAUAUGGAAUGCUCAUUGAAUCUGAGACAUUACAGCGAGAAAGUGCAGUCCAAGGAAAAGAAGCCACACUGGGGUUCAAUAUUGCACCUUUCAUCAACCAGUUCAAGGUGCCUGUCCAUGUGUUUUUGCAUUUAUCCACACUGCCUCAUAUCCGAUUAAGUGAGCCAGUGGAACUAUUAAUGCUGGAUCUGAUGAGCCUGGUCACUGAUGAAUUGUGUAGUGAAAUCAGGGUUCAAGUACAUUCAUCUGGAAGAGUAACAGCAGUUCCAUUUUGGUAUGAAAUUUAUCUGGACACAGAUGUCUGUCUCGAUACUUGGAAUGAUACUUCCCAUUGGAAGCAAGCUGCCUUUGUUUUGGAUAAUCCAAUCCAAGUUAUUUCAGGAGAUGAACUUAGACUGAAAAUUCAGUAUCACAAAAGUAGUAUCUCAAUGAUUGUAAACCACGGAUAGUUAAUUUUAGUACUCAUUUUGUCAUACCAGACUGAAAAUGUUAACCGUGUUUCUGUCACCACGGAUGUUGCCCGACCUGCUGAGUUUCUCCAACAUAAUUCUUUGUUUCAGAUUUCUAGCUUUGUGUUUUCCCUUUUAUUAUUAUUUUAAAGUUGGGCUCAUUUUAAAAAAAAUGUAAAUUGAAUGGAGCUCUAUUUUAGUGCAUAAGUUAUUGAGUAUCAAAGAAUUUGUCAAGUUGAAUGGGAAGAAAUACCAUGGUGGCACAGUGGUUAGCACUGCUGCCUCACAGCACCAGGGACCCGAGUUCGGUUCCCGCCUCGGGCGACUG